UUAAACUGAAGAAGUGAAGGAGCUCCAGUCACCGGAGGAUUCGUGAAGCUGUUUGCCUUCAAUCAGAUAAGUGAGACAAAGAAUGGCGUGGAGAGGACAGUUAUCCCAGAAUUUGAAAGAGCUCAGGAUACUGCUGUGCCAAACUUCUCCUUCAAGCUCCACUGCUAGAGCAUUUGUCGAGAGGAAUUACAAGGAUCUCAAGACUUUAAACCCCAAAUUCCCAAUCCUGGUCCGUGAGUGUAGUGGGAUUGAGCCCCAGUUAUGGGCUAGAUAUGACAUGGGUGUUGAGAGAGGUAUUCGCUUGGAAGGCUUGACAGAGACACAGAUUUUUAAGGCACUCGAAGAUCUUGUAAAAACUGGAGCAUCCCUGAAAGUUUGAUAUUGCUACCACUGAUGAAUUAAAAUAAAUAGACUCCCCCGCCCGUUGAUCAUUUUGCUUAUCAGAUAUCAUGCUGAUACUGUACUGUUUCUUGCAAUUUGAACGUGGCUUGCAUUAGACUUUCCAUGGGAUGUAAUCUGUUUGAAUUUUUUUGUAUUACUAUGCUCAUAUUGGACUGAUAAGGUCAAGUA